AUAAACAUCCUCCCGCAUUCCCCGCCUGUGCGCACUCCCUGGGAGCACACAGCAUCGCGAUCCGGUGCCCGUUGUGUCCCCCGGACACAGCGGAACACUGAUAGCUGUACGGGACCUCUGUGUGGCCAAUCAGUGAUCACAUGAAUAGUAGUAACCAAGAUGGCACUUCCUGACAUCAUUGCUUACUACGUUUGAAAUCUGUGAAUGAUCACAGAAGUCACAUGGUACAAGGCUAUUCACAACAGCCUUGUAACAUGUGACAAGUUGUGACCAAUCACAGCUCUCACAUACCAUGUGACCUGCGGUGACCAAUCACAGC